AUGGGGACCUGGAUUUUGUUUGCCUGCCUCCUGGGAGCAGCCAUUGCUAUGCCCCUACCACCUCAUCCUGGGCACCCUGGUUAUAUCAACUUCAGCUAUGAGAACUCACAUUUUCAGGCUAUUAAUAUUGACAGGACUGCAUCAUCGGUGCUUACCCCUCUGAAGUGGUACCAGAACAUGAUAAGGCAUCCGUACCCUUCCUAUGGUUACGAACCCAUGGGUGGAUGGCUGCACCACCAAAUCAUUCCCGUGCUGUCCCAGCAGAAUCCCCCGAAUCACGCCCUACAGCCUCAUCACCACAUCCCCAUGGUGCCAGCUCAGCAGCCCGUGGUCCCCCAGCAACCAAUGAUGCCAGUUCCUGGCCAACACUCCAUGACUCCAACCCAACACCACCAGACAAACCUCCCUCUGCCUGCCCAGCCGCCCUUCCAGCCCCAGCCCGUCCAGCCGCAGCCUCACCAGCCCAUCCAGCCCCAGCCACCCGUGCACCCCAUCCAGCCCCUGCCGCCACAGCCUUUGCCUCCGAUGUUCCCCAUACAGCCCCUGCCCCCCAUGCUUCCUGACCUGCCUCUGGAAGCUUGGCCAGCAACAGACAAGACCAAGCGGGAGGAAGUGGAUUAAGAGAUCAGAAAAUGGGAAGAGAACUGAAGGAAACACUUCAGGUGCUUUCAAAAUG